UACACCCCAAAAAGCGAGAAAAGCGAACAAAACCCGUUCUUUCAGGACUCCUCUCACAUAUCCCUCAUUCUGCUUCUCAAAUUAGGGUUUCAGAUAAAGCGGCCGGAUCGGAUUUACCGUCCUAACUAGAAAGUCCAGUUCCACCGUUCGAGAUGACACAAGAGCACGACAACAAAAGGGCGGUGCUGGUGCUGCAGAAUGAAACCCCGUACAGCCAGCGGAGAUCCUACACCAACGAGGACGAGGCCUGGAAGUCUUUCCUGGAGAAUCCGCUCACAGCUGCCACCAAGGCCAUGAUGAGCAUCAACGGAGAUGACGACAGCGCAGCGGCCUUGGGGUUGCUGUACGAUUAUUACAAGGUGCCAAGAGAAAAGAGAACGCUCUCGCCAUCAAAACCAGAAGUUAUUUUGACUGAUGUUGAUUUCGCCAAAAGGAACUGCAUGGUUUCUGUGCCAGAACCAGCCACGCUGGCAGGAGAGAACAGACUCCAGCUUUUAAAGGGGCUUCCACUCAACAUUGUAAUGCCUGGAAACCAGCAGGACAAGAGGAACCACUUCCCCUCCCCGGAUACCAUGGUAACCCUCUCCAUUGCCACAGUCCCCAACUACGCCUUGAAGACUGAAGCCCCGUCCCACGGCUUCACGGUGGGGAUCCCUCCUGGUGUACACUAUGCCGAGCCAGACAGCCGCAUCGUUGUGUUUGACCGUCGUCUCGACCCAGACCACUUCAGUCCCAACCCCCAGACGCAGAACUCCCAACGCAGGACGCCAGACUCCACCUUCACAGAGAGAUUCAAGGACGAGGCCCAUGAGGUGUUUUCUUUCCCUAGCGACCUGCAGCUAAGAAUGGAGCCGGAUGGUUAUACAUUCGACAAUAUCUCAGGGAAUCAUUUUGAGUACACACUGGAAGCCUCUAAAUCCCUUCGGCAGAAGUCAGGAGAUGGCACAAUGACCUACCUGAACAAGGGGCAGUUCUAUCCAAUCACACUGAAGGAGCAUGGAAGGGGCAAAGGACUGCAUCCCCCAAUCAGCAAAGUCCGGAGUGUCGUCAUGGUUGUGUUUGGGGAAGAGAAAUGCAGGGACGACCAGCUCAAGCACUGGAAAUAUUGGCACUCUCGGCAACACACCGCCAAACAGAGAUGCGUUGACAUUGCUGAUUACAAAGAAAGCUUCAGUACGAUCAGCAACAUUGAAGAGAUUUCAUACAACGCCAUCUCCUUCACCUGGGACAUAAAUGAUGAAGCAAAGAUCUUCAUCUCUGUGAACUGUCUGAGCACCGACUUCUCCUCUCAGAAGGGUGUCAAGGGCCUUCCUCUCAACCUCCAGAUCGACACGUACAGCUACAACAACCGCAGCAACAAGCCCAUCCAUCGUGCCUUCUGCCAGAUCAAAGUGUUCUGCGACAAGGGAGCUGAGCGCAAGAUCCGGGAUGAGAGGAGGAAGCAGUCCAGGAGGAAGGGGAAGGGCACUGACCCCACUACUCCCCUCAGUACCUAUUCAGAUGUCAAGAUGCCACUUAUUGUCAAAAGGACUGACAUCACAACUUUCAAAGCGAUGGGUGAAUUCGAGACUCAGCCCAUCCUCUUCAUCCCUGACCGCCACUUCGCGAACCUGCAGCGUCAUCCACUUGGCUCAGAAGAUAUGACAGAAGGGGCUGGGAUGAAAAGGGGACCCUUCGUGUCCAAUGAAGACUUCGGUGCAACUUCGAGAAAAGUCGCCAGGAUUGAUGAGCACAAAAAAGUACUGCUGUAUGUAAGGAAAGAGUCUGAGGAAGUCUUUGAUGCAAUUUUGCUGAAGACCCCAUCUCUGAAAGGACUGAUGGAAGCAGUUUCAGACAAAUAUGACGUGCCAAUAGAAAAAGUGGAAAAAGUUUACAAGAAGUGCAAAAAAGGGAUCCUGGUUAAUAUGGAUGACAACAUUGUGAAGCAUUACUCCAACGAAGACACCUUCCAGAUAGCGAUUGAGGAAAUGGGAGGAUCCUAUAAACUCACACUUACUGAAAUAUAAGUCGGGAGAGAUUCAGAACGCAAGCAUUUAUGAAGUAGAAAAUUGUAAAGUACAUUAAUCAGGUAUCACGUACAUGAAUAUUCCGACUUGCGAAGCUUGUCAAUACACUAACUGUAAGUGUUAUGGAGUACAGAGAGGACACCAGUUUACACAUAUCUAUUUUCUUGUGCGUUAUAAAGUUGAAUUGUUUUCUGUUUCUUGAAGUACACUACUGUUGCCUUUCAGGUAGCAACUGGGCAUUUGGAAAAUUGGUUCCCAUGUUUUUGUGUGAAGGAAUUUCUUUAGAACUGGCAUUUUUGUUUUAAACGUCAUGCCAUAUAUUAUAAUAAUAAUAAUAAUAAUAAUAAUAAUAAUAAUAAUAAUAAUAAUAAUGUUUAACAUAGUAACAUCAUGUAAAAAUAUAAAAGAUAAGAAUGUCUUGCCUGUACUUUGCUUUUUGAGGUUCAAGGUCCAUAUUUUGAUGCCAAAUUAUGCAAAACACCUAAGGGUUUCCUCAAAAUCUUUAGUAAAUAGCACUAAAUUACAUUAUGAUUUUUUUUAAAAAUGUGUGUGAUCUUAACAGCAUCCUAAAACCUUUAACACUGCUCUAUACCUCUUUUCAUUUUUUUUCUUUUUAAUUAAUUUAAUAUCAUAUUAUUUCUAUUGUUUCAACCCUGUCCUCAGUUAUUGAACUGAACAACACGGAGUUUAUUUCCAAGCUGGUCUUUUAACAGUUACAUUGAUCCAAGGUGUGCAAUUAAGUCAUUCAGAACACUGAUAAAGAGGCGGCAUAUUGAGACGUGCCACUGUUUAGAGCAAUGAAGUAACAGUAGGGUGUUAUUUUUGUUCUUCGUAACAAUUUUGUAUAAAUAAGUCAGGAAAAAAAUAAAUAAAGAUUUGCCAAUAAAAUAUUUAUGGAAAAGCUUAAAUGUUUAAUACUAAAUAUAAAAAAAAAGUACAUUACAGUUAAUAUGGCCGUAAUAUAAAGAAUUCUGCACAAAUACUGUGUCUGGUUUAAGACCACAGGUCGCAAGCUUCAAAGACAAGCAAGGUGAAGUGGAUAGCCUAUAUUUUAACAUUUUGUUGGCAUGGCGUGUUUACUAUUUUUUUUAUAUAUAUAUAUAUAUAUAUAUAUAUAUAUAUAUAUAUAUUAGCUGAGGUGGUAAUUCAAGGGGGAGGGGCACACCAUUGCUCUUUGUAUUGACAUUUCCAGUGUUUUCCGUGAGGAGUGGAAUAUGGACCUGCUUUUGAACAUCAUGGAAUGCAGGUGUCAAUGGUGUUAUUAAGUGUGCUGUUUCCAUAAAUUGUGUGCAGAAUUGUUGCCAGCCAGGGUCUUUAUAUUACCGAAAUUACAAAGUUACAUAAUCUGUUUCUCUUU